AUGGCAGUGAUGCAUCAAGCAAUACAUGCAAUACAUGGACUUGUAGUGCUGCUUCUUAGCGGGGUCUUUAUUUAUAAUUUGGUUAACGGAAUUAGCGGAUUAAACCAGACCGUACAAUCAUUUUCAGCGAAAACAAAUAGUUCCUUAGUUCCACCAGCGGUUACAUUAUGUAUUAAUAACCCCAAUUAUAACUUCAGUAUAACGGUUUAUGGAGUUAAACGUGUCAACAAAGAUUUUCUCUUUACCUAUGCACAGGAUUCGGGAGAGUUGGCAGCCAUAAGAGAGCUUGUGGCAAAAUGUUGGAUAUUUACAACCGGUACCGAGCCACUAAUACAAAGUCCACCACCUACACCCAAUGUACCGGAUAUGGUUCUCACCUACACCAGAGGACUUCUCAGUCAAAACGAUACUAACUCUCCGAUGUAUCUUAAUGUUUUCGAUCCUCUUGAACGAAGUUCACUGUUUCAGUACAAUCAAUUCUUGUAUCUAGAGGCAGAUGCAAAUAGAGUAAUUAGUUUUUCGAGAACUCAACAUAAGGAUAAAAAUGGUGUCAAACAUGAUAUUAAAUACAGCAUAAUGGACGAAUAUAGAGAUCCAAGUUGGACUUCUGGAUUAUCGGCAACCAGCAACAUUACAAUUCGAGCAGAUUCUUUUAUAAUUUUACAAACUGAAGAUAAUCCACGAUCAACCGGGUGGUCAAUAUUCCGAGAAAGUUUUACACUUUUCGGUGUACUAUACUCAUUCUAUCUUGCUCUGAUGGGCCCAGGAAAAUUUAGACCUUGGGGUCUAUUACAUAAAAUACUCAAUUAUCAUCAUAUUGAACAUAUUCCGUAUCGCAAUGUAAGUGAUGAUAGGGACAGUUCCCCGAUUGCAAAAGAAACUGGCGCACUUACUAACGAACCUAGAAUAGAAGAAAGAUUGGAUAUAUAUUUAUCAAGAUUUGACCGUGCAAAAUAUCAUUAA